GUGGCCCUGAGCCCUACAUUGAAAUAUUUGAGCAACCCAGGCAAAGGGGCAUGCGUUUCAGAUACAAAUGUGAGGGAAGAUCAGCAGGCAGCAUCCCAGGAGAACGCAGUACUGAGAACAACAAGUCCUUCCCUUCCAUCCAGAUUCUGAACUAUUUUGGAAAAUUCAAAAUAAGAACCACGUUGGUAACGAAGAAUGAGCCCUACAAGCCACACCCCCAUGAUCUGGUUGGCAAAGACUGCAGAGAUGGCUACUACGAGGCUGAGUUCGGGCCAGAUCGGCGAGUCCUGUCUUUUCAGAACCUGGGCAUUCAGUGUGUGAAGAAGAAAGACCUGAAGGAAUCCAUUUCUUUACGAAUCUCAAAGAAAAUUAACCCUUUCAAUGUGCCCGAGGAGCAGCUGCACAACAUCGACGAGUACGACCUGAACGUGGUGCGGCUCUGCUUCCAGGCCUUCCUCCCCGAUGAGCACGGCAACUACAGCAUAGCCCUGCCUCCUCUGAUCUCCAACCCCAUCUAUGACAACAGAGCUCCCAACACCGCAGAAUUGAGAAUUUGUCGUGUGAACAAGAACUGUGGAAGCGUCAAAGGAGGAGAUGAAAUAUUUCUGCUGUGUGACAAAGUCCAGAAAGAUGACAUAGAAGUGAGGUUUGUGCUGGACAACUGGGAGGCCAAGGGCUCCUUCUCCCAGGCCGACGUGCACCGCCAGGUCGCCAUUGUGUUCCGGACGCCGCCGUUCCUCAGGGACAUCUCAGAGCCCGUCACCGUGAAGAUGCAGCUGCGCAGGCCCUCGGACCAGGAAGUCAGCGAGCCCAUGGAUUUCAGAUACCUGCCAGAUGAAAAGGAUCCAUAUGGCAACAAAGCAAAAAGGCAGAGAUCAACGUUGGCUUGGCAGAAGCUCAUACAGGACUGUGGAUCCAACACGAUGGAGAGGCCCAAGGUAGCCCCAUUCCCUGUGGUCACUCCUGAGGGGAAGGCAAUUAAGAAAGAACCCAACGUGUUUCCCUCCUCGCUGAUGUCCCCGGGUUUGGGAGCCCUGUCCAACCCGAGCCAGCUGUACGCGAGCUGCUCGCAGCCGCCGGCGGGGCCGAGCAAGCAGGACUUGCUGAACACCCCGUUCUGGGCGCUGGGCUCCCUCCAGCACGGCGGCAGCUUCAGCACCGAGCCGCAGGGCAGCGCCUCCCUGCCGGCCUUCCCCGACGGCGGCGCCGUGGCCUGGCCCGACGAGAAGGACUCGAGCUUCUUCCGGACCUUCGGCAGCGCCAACGGGCUGGGCGCCGCGGGGCUGCCGGGCCCCGAGCUGCAGCAGGGCCUGCCCGGCGGCUCCGGGCUGCCCAUGGACACGGAGGACAUGGGCUGCGGCAGCCUGAGCCUGGAGCGCUUCAGCGCCGCCGUGCUGGGCAGCCAGCGGCAGCAGCCCCCGCUCCCGCUGCCCCCGGCCGGGCCCGGCGCCGCCUUCCCCUCAGCGCAGCCCGGCCUGGCCGAGCCCGCCUACGGCUUCAUGGACGCGGAGGGGCUGGGCGAGCCCCGGCUGGGCCAGCAGGGCGGCCUGCCCGACGGGCACUUCUACGACACCGACGGUGUCCACGCCGAGGAGCUCUACCAGUCGUUCCCCUUCGAUAACAUCCUGCAGAGCUAUCACCCGUGAGCCGGCGCUGCCUGCGGAAAGCUCCGCCGGUGCCGCUGCCUGGAGAGGAGCCUUUCAUGUCAUUUACCCUUCUGGAGUCCCUGCUUUCUUCUCUUUCAGAAUGUUGCCGUGCAAGUUUCAGGUUCUAACUUAAAGGUUAUUUAUUGCAGCCCACAGUGGUGCCCCUAAAGAGAAGGUGGGAGUAGGGUUUGGGGUUUCUGUACCUUAAAGUAUCUUGUAGAUGUGUUUUUAGAAGUGGGAACUGUUAACACUUAAAGCUUCCUUACCUUUGGGGACUGUAAAAGCUGGCAUCUUCAGAAGGGUUAAAGUUUCAAGUACUUCACAGGGUUGAAGUUAUUUUGAAAUAGCCAUUUUUGCUAUAGAAAUUAAAUUUAAAUUUUGAUAGUACAGAAAUUAGGAAAAAAACCCUGCACGUGAGCACUCUAAUUCAGUCCUAUCUAAUGAAUGGCACCUGAUUCUGCUCAACUUACUUGAAAGAUUUGGGUUUUUAAUCCCCUUUCUAUAAAUAUUCUCCUAAAAUGAGAACGUGUAUUGAUUUUCCACGCUGUCACCACAUUCCGUUUGCUUUGAAGGCAAAUUUACUCAUGAAUUUUUUUUAAUGACUAUGUCAUUGUUAGAUAUAUUUAAAAAGACCGGAAGGUUUGAGUUUUUAAAUAGUUGUAAAAGCUCUGUUGUAAAGGAAAUCACUGCACAAGACAAGGAACAGAAAGUGAGGACUUGUCUGCACUCCAGCCAGACUGCACAAUCUCACAAGCCAUGCCCCUGUAGCUUUAGGAAUGAAGCUGAUAUUGCUCUGCAGCUUGUGUGUGUGUGUGUGUGUGCAGCUGCCAUGUGAGUGAGAUUUGGAAAGGCAGGAAUCUCUGGAGCCAGAGUAUCCACUUACUCACUCUUUCCUCAGGUAUCCUGGCAGUUUCCUGCUAUGCAAGUGACUGCUUCACAAAGGCUCAGGUCCUGCCUCCCCAGCACCACCCCCUCCCAGGAGGGCAAAGCCAGAGGCUGCCCUGCUGCAGCCUCACCUCUAUUAACAACUUUUAAAGCCAUUUCAGUCUGUACUAAUUAAAACCACUCCUCUGUCCUCUGUAUCAGGGACCAGAAGUUCUUCCCACCCACUUGAUUCCCAGCCUUCGCUCUUAGCCUGAGCAGGAGCUGCUCCUGACACCUCCAGCUGGAGGUACCUGGCUGGGUAAGACACUCUGGCCUUGGCAACUUUAUUACGCUCUUAUUUUUUAGAAGCGACACAGGGAAAUGUCUGAGUAUUUCUAAGGGACACAGCUGCUCUUUAGGGCAGGUAAGGUCGCCCUUGUCACCUUUUGGUGAUGUAAAAUUGCACUAUGAGCACAACAACAAAAAAAAGCAACAGCUUGUCCUCAACCCGGCCCCCAAAUCAAACAAGCCACUUGAGAUGUAGAGUUGUACACAAGGAAAGGUGCUCCAGAACCCCUCUGUGGCUUUCAGGAAAGCAGGGAUGCCUUCCCUGCAGGAACCCAUUGCAUUGGGAGCACUCCAGUGCUGCUGCUGGAGUUGCAUCAGUCAGGUGAGCUUUGGAAACUGCUUCCCCUGACUCC